AUGAAAAGCAAAGAGUAAAUCAAUCAGAUUGUCAAUUCUCUCAAAUAUAAAUUCUUCAAGUAAUCCAAUGACUAUUUAGAGUUGUUUAUCUAAUUUUGAAACGAUGGGCAGAUUAUCGUUGGCUUACAAUUCUAUUGUGCUUUAUAUAAUAUUUCCAAUACACUUAUUUAAAUUUCGGUCUUAAAGUUCAAUACGUCUGGUAAAACAAAGCCUACAGUGAUAUGAUAAAUCUAUUAGUAAAGUAUAUUUAUUGUCUAUCUAGAUAUUUCACAAUAACAAUAUCUGUGAAGAAUGUUGGGAUUAAUAAUUAUUUGACAGUCUUUUACAUAUGUUUUGGUUUAGUACUCCUUUGCAUCCUUUUAAUCCUGCUUCUAGCAUUUGUUAUAAAGAAUUAAAAGCUAUAGAAACCUCCUUUGUUGCUACUCAAAUGUUUAUUAAAGGUAAUACUCUCAAUAGGAUUUUGGCCAAUCGUAAGGAUGCAAUUUGGUUUAUUAGCAUGUGAAUAAAAUAAAUAAGGUAAAUAAGUUAUGAUGUUUGAACAAUCUUAAGAAUGUUGGACUUCUGAAUAUUACAUCCAUGCAGUCAUUGCCAUUAUAGGUUUAAUACUUACUUUGUUAUUCUCUGUAUUAAUGGCUUUUAUUACUUAUGAAUCAAGAAAUACUCGCUAAGAUGCUAGUGCUAUGAGAAAUGGAAGAUCAUACACUUAAUUGCUUGUUUACUUAUUUGUAUAAAUUAUGGUAUAUCAAUUAUUACCUGCACCUUAAUAUACAAUUAUCAUAAUACUUGUUUUCCUUACUGGGAGUUCUUUAAUAUUCAUAAGUGCUCAUCUUGCUUAACCUUAUUAUGAUUCACUUAUUCAAAAAAUGUGGUCUAUUCUAUCAGCUGUUAAUUUAUGGACAAUUAUAAUGAUGUUUUAUUCUUAUAAAUUUGAUGGAUAAACAUUCUAAAAAACUAUAUAAGCAUGGUUAAUUGGAAUACCAUUAAUUAUUGGAAUAUUGAUAUUCAGAUAAAAACAUGCUGUUGAUCUAUUAGAAGCAAAUCUAAAAAAGUUUACAAAUGGAAUGCAAAUCAUUCUUUUAUGUGAGUAUUUAGUUUUACUUAUGGAAAAAUCACAAAAAUGUUAAAGAUCACAACUUCUCUUAGAUAGCUAUAUUGAAAUACAUAAGGAAGUUUGCAAUCGUACUGAUUGUAUUGUUAAAUUAAAAGUUGAAUUGGCUAGCAAAUACAAAGAAAAUCCAAUAUAUACUGAUAGAAAUCACAUUAUUAUAGAAUUAAUUUGUUAAAUUUAUCAUGAAGGAAUCAAGAAAUUUCCAGAUGAUACUCCUCUUAGAUUAAGUUAUAUCUAUUUUCUUUUUAAUUAAUAAAAAUCUUAUUCUCUAAUUAUGGCAGAAUUAAACUAAGCUAUGGAUUUUAAGCCUACUUUUGAUUAUGAAUUUUAAAUUUAUAGAUAUAAAACCAUUAUUGAGGAAGAAUCUUAAAAAAAAGCUGAAUUAUUUGAUUCUACCAAUUAUUUAAUUUAAAAUAAAGAAUUUAUCGAACAUCUAGAAAUUACAGCUUUAAAAGUAGUAGAAUUUUGGAGUGCAUUAUCGGAGGAAGUGCCAGAUAUGAGUAAAUUAAUGGUUUAUGGAUUUAAAAUUAUAAGAUUAUAAGAAGAUAUUGAAAUCAAAUGGAAUAAAUUAUAAGAAAAUAAAUCUUUAAAACUUUAUAAUUAUUUAGCUAAAUUUUAUUUAUUAGUAUUAGAUGACUAAGAAAAUGCCCAAAAUUUUUAAUAAUAAUAUUGGACUCUUCAAAAAUCAAAACAAUAAGAAUUAAAUGAAUUAGAAGAAAUUUGCAAUCAAUCUACUCCAACAUUAGUAGCAUUAGCAUAAUUUCAAAAAAUUAACAUUUAUACCGUUAAUAAAUCCCUGUGUAGUUUGUUAGGGUUUUCAAAAACAGAUUUAAUUGAUAGAUCUAUAAAUUAAAUAAUACCAAAUAUGUAAAAAAGUUAUUCAUUUAAUAUUUUAGUUUUGUUGAAAAGCACAAUGAAUGUCUUGAGUUAUUUAUAGAAAACAAAGCAAGAUAUUCAAAGUAAUUUAUUACAUAAAGUGUUUAUUUAUUAACAAAGAGUAAUUAUAUUUUACCAAUUUUUUCGACUGUAAAAUUACUUUAAGCUGAAAAUAAUUAAUUGUUUUUCAUUGCCUAAUAUCAAUAAUCAUUUAGUCCUAAAUAAAUAUGUUAUUUACUUUUAGAUAGAAAAGGGUAUAUUGAACACAUUUCAAGUUCAUGCAUUUUGUUAUUAAGAUUAGAUACAAUAAGAAUUAAAAUGAGAAAAAUCAAUAUCAAAGAAUUAUUUCCUGAUUUUCAUUAAAGAAAAGAUGAAUUCCUAUCUAAAAGCGGAGCCAAAUUACAUGUUAAUCCACACAUAAUGAAAUAUAGUACCAAAACAGUAGACACAACCUUCAGUUUUUAUGAUUAGAUGGAAUUUCAAUGUUAUUUAAACUAUAUUUAAUUUCCAUGUUUAAAUGAUAAUAAUUAAUAUGGUAUGGCUAUGAAAUUAGAAUAACUUAAAUUUAAUAAUGUAGAACCAUCAUUUAUAAAAUUGCAAAUACCUUAAUAAAAAAGAACUAAAUUUCCUAUUUUUCAAUAUUUACCUCCAACCGUUUACUAUAUGGAUUAUUUGAGUCUGACUUAAAUAGAAGAAUCAAUUGAUAAUAGUCGUGUUGAAGAUAAUGGAUCAAAAAUAUCAAAAAUUGCAGAUUAUUUUCUAAUUGCUAAGAAAAUGACUUAAUCUCUAAAACAUUCCAUAAAUUUGGAUGAUGGAAUUAAAACUAAAAGAUUAUGGGAUGGUUAAAUAAUAGAUAUAGAAGAUAAUCACAUUGAUUCAUAAGAAAUAGAAGAAGAAGAGAAUGAAUUAAAUCAAAAAUCAGAAUAUUAAGAGAAAGAAAAUGAAAUUUAAGAAUUUCAACACUAUUUCAAAUUGUAUUAAUCUAAAUCUUCUAUUAAAUCACUUUUAAUAAAUUCAAAAGUUUCAAAGCCAUUAAAAUUUAUAAAUUUAUUUAUUCAGAUAGCAUUAUUCACUCUUUAUACUUCUGGUUUAAUAGUUUUUUUAUUUAAUUUAUAAGAUGACACUAAAGUAUCAAGUAUGAUCUUUAAUUUAAGUUUAACUAAUAAACGCUUAUCAAAUUGUUUAAUGAUUAAUGCUGUUUUGUAGGAUUUAAGAUUAAUUGGUUAUGGAGAAGUUAAAAAUUUUAGAUCAGAUUUUGAUUAGUUGAUUUCUUAUAAUUUAAAAUUGCUGGAUUAAGAAAUAUAAGAGAUUAUCUAAAUUCAUUCUAAAUUAAGUAUUACUGAAACAUAUCUAAAUGAAGAAUAUAAAAUCUAUGAAACAAUAUAUUUUAGUGAAAAUAUAGAUCUAGUUUCAUCAGAUGGAUUAAGUUUCAAUUAUACUUAUAAAGAAGCUAUAGAUUAGUUGAUAGCUAAAGCAAUUUAAUUGAAUUAAAAAUAGAUUACUUUAUUUAAUGAUUCUAAUGUUGACUUCUUUUACUUCAAUUACAAUACUUUAAAUUCAAUUGUGAGAAAUUAUCAUAUUCCUUUAAAUUAUUUAUAUUAUGCAGUAAAAUCUGUUGCUGAGAAUUCACUUGAAAAUAAAAUAGCUUUUUUAAUACUUCAAACUAUAAUUUAAUUUAUUACUUAUCUACUUAUAGCAAUUUAUUUAAUACACUUUAGUUAAUAAAUUCAAUAAAUCUAUUUGUUUUAUUUUGAAAUCAGUGAUUAGCAUAUUCGUUAAGUUGUUUAAAAUUGUGAAAAAUUCUUAUCUUUAUUAAAUGUUGGGGAAGAUGAAUAGGUAUAAUAUAAAAUAUGCAUAUUAGGAAGAAGAAUAAGAAGAAAAUUAAUUGCUUCAUAAUAAUGAAUAAGAGGAAUUAAAAAUGGUGAAUAAGAAAAUUAAAAAGGUUUGGAAAAAUAGCAAUAUCAAGUUCCGAAAGCUUAUGAUAACGGCAUUUUUCAUCUUUUUAGUUUUACAAAUUUACUUUGUAUAUUAAUAUUAUUCAGCACAAUAAGUUGUAGAAGAUACAUAUAAUCUAUGUCCAAUUUUGAAUGCUACAUCACUUUUAGAAUCUGAAUAUAGACUUGGAGAUAAUGCUAUUAGAGAAUAUAUUCUUAAUCCUAAUUAAAAUUUAUUUAGUACAUCCCCUUAAAUAUUUAUUUAAAAUUAUUUUGCAAGAUUGUAAGAUGUAAAUGCAGAAAUGUAAACAAUCUUUACUCAAAAUAUUGAUUUAUUUGAGCAAGAUUACAUAAAUGUAUUUCAAUAAUUAUAUAUAUAAAAUCCAUGUCCAAUUUUGGGGUAGUUAUAAGAAUUUAUAACAGAAGAAUAUUGUAAUACUAUUUUAGAUGGUGCUAUUUCUGAAGGAUUAUCUAUUGGUUUGACUAAGUAUUAUGAAAGUCUAAGAAUUUUAUUAAUUGGAUAUGAAUAAUAAAGAUAUCUGAAUUAAACAGAAUAAGAAAAUAAAUAUUAUGGAAUAUUAUUAUUAAGUACCAAUUUCAGUAUAGAAAUAAGAACUAUGGAAAAAAUUAUCAUAAGAUACACAUAACGAUAUUUAAUUGAAAAUCUAGAAAAAAGUAUUAGCGAUUCAUUUAAUAAAUUAUCAAUUACAAGAGGAACUCUUUUUAUUUGUUUUACAUUUUACAUUUUUUUAAUUGUAUUUUUCUUAUGGAUUCCUUCCAACUCAUCAUUGAUAAAGUCUAUGUAAAAAAGCAGAACUCUUUUAUUACUUAUGCCGAUGUAAAUAUUAACAAAGUAAAAUUUCUAAUAUAUUUAUGCUAGUUCAACUCCAAUUAGAAGAUAUUUAAGAGCUGUUUUAAAUAAUUGA